AUGAAGUCGCCGACGUCGUUCACGCUGUUCACCGCGGCCGUCACGCUUGCCGUCGCCAAUGCCGAGUACUUCACCGGUGACGGUACGGCUUACACGCUUGCCGACACCACCAACGGCAACUGUAACAUGAUGUCGUCGCUCGGUUUCGCCACCACCGACUACGCCGCGCUGAACAACGACCAGUGGAGCGGACUGCAGAACUGCGGCCGCUGUGCCGAGGUGAGCUGCGACGAUGACCGCUGCGCCGACAAGACCAAGUCGGUCGUGGUGCAGAUUCUCGACCGUUGCCCCGAGUGCAAGCACGGCGACCUGGACCUGUCGCCAUCGGUGUUCAAGACGCUGACGGGCUCGGACCCGUCGCGCUACACGAUCAAGUGGAAGUUCGUGGACUGCCCCGUGACGGGCAACGUCAACUACUGUCUGAAGGGUGGCAGCAACAACUUCUGGACGGCCAUCCAGCCGACGAACGUGGCGACCGGCAUCAAGAGCCUGCAGAUCAACGGCAAGGCUACCAAGAUGCUGGACGGAGCGUACUACUACCUGCUUGACGGCUCGGGCAAGGCCUCGACCGACCUGUCGAAGGUGACUGUGUCGAUGACCGACAUCAACGGUGUGGCCAUGAAGGACACGGUGAACCUGAGUGCGGGUUCGUGCACGAAGGGCACCAAGCAGUUCCCCAAA